AUGAUACCGAUCAAGAAGACAACCUUGUCUCGGCAACUGAAUGCUGAUGGCCAGCCCUUUGACGAGUUCCGGAGGAGAGCUGUGGCAGCUGCGGCGAAGCAUCCAGAAGCGAUACACGCUGAUAUGACACUGGACCUUUGCGAAUGGCUUGAUGACGCCGAUGAAGGUGUAGAAGAGCUUGGCCUGAAGUCCGCACAUGAUCUUGAGGCGGAAAGCAAAGGUGUUGUUCGAGUGAUCUUUGCACCACGAGACGUACCCACACCAGGCGCGGAAUCACUGCUUGAGUUGUUCGAGACAUGCAGUAUUCCAAGCGCCUUCGUCGAUGAGAGCCUGCGAGGGGUUUCGCAAUCCUUCGCAGCGCGCGAAGACGCCGAUGGUACAACAUGGAUCUGGUUCCACCUCUUGUGCAAAACGUUAGCAGUGGUCGAGAACAAGAUCGUGCCGGACAACGGCCCUGCGGAGGUGGAGAGCAAACAAGCCAAAUGUUCACAGUCGGCGCCAGCUCAAAGUCAGGCGAACUUCUCUUGGAUCAAGCCUGGUAUUGUGCUGAAGAUUCGGAAGCAGUCAGAUACUCCGCCUACGCCGGUACGGACCUCAACUUCUGACAGCGACACGACAUUGGCACCCACUUCAACUCAAGCCAGGGUAGAGCUGAUAUGUUUUGGCGCGCCUAGCACACUACUAGACCGGAUCCGGGCACUGACGAAGACGACACCGUGCCAGGCAUUGCUGGACGACCCGCACAUGCUGCUCGAACUCGUUUUCGAGGAGAUGUACAAGAUUCUCGACUGGACGACCUGGGCUGUGUCAGAUACGUUCGGGCCAUUGGAAACUGUAAGUCUGGUUCUUAUUCGAUUCGACGUCGUGCUAAUAGUCUGUCAGCAAACUUUAGGGAUAGCCAGUAGGGUUGGCAAAGCGACAGAAGAGCUGCCCAAGGACCUCUUCACUGGGCUUCACAACCUGGCGAAGCAUGCCAUAUACCUCCGCGAGAACUGUGAAGCAGCCCUGGCCACACUAGACAAUCUCUACAGCCACUACAUAGUGGUGAUGGGCGCCAAUCCGUGCACGUUACAAAGGCAAACCCGAGAGGCGCUCAAGUAUAGACAGACCUUGUUUGAAUCGACGCAACGACGGCUUGGAAGCCUGAAUGCACGGAUAUCGAACAUUAUCGAGUUGGCAUUCAACAUUGUCACGCAAGGUGAUAGCAAGUUAAUGCAGUCGGAGAACCAAAGCAUGAAGACGAUCGCGGUCAUGACACUUCUUUUCAUGCCUCUGGGUACGGUGGCAUCCAUCUUCGGUAGCCAAUUCAUGAAACUGCAGGAAGAGUGGCCGCAUCACAUCACCGUAUCGCAAGAUUUUUGGCUGAUGUGGGGUAUGUGA